AUGAUAGAGUUGAGAUUCUUGGUCGACAACAAAAACACUGUGUGUUUCACGUUAUUCGUCGCUUUAGUACUUUCAGUAUAUCUCCUGGUUUAUUUAUUUUCACAUACACCAAGGCCGCCUUACCCAGAAGAGCUGAAGUACACAGCCAUUGACGAAAAUGGCGUUGAGGUCACUCGUACUUUGCCUACUCUAGGCAAAGAACACCAAAAUGGUGACGACGAAGAAAUAAUUUUGUCGGUUGUAAUCCCAAGUUAUAAUGAAACAGGUAGGAUCUUGCUGAUGCUGACAGAUGCGAUAAAGUUUUUGAAAGAAAAGUAUGGUUCUAAGUGGGAAAUUGUUAUAGUGGAUGAUGGUUCCACGGAUAAUACCACACAAUACUGUUUAAAAAUCUGUAAGGAGCAGUUUCAAUUAGACUAUAGACAAUUCAGAAUCAUUAAGUUUUCUCAAAAUAGAGGUAAAGGUGGUGCUGUGAGACAGGGUUUCCUACAUAUUAGAGGUAAAUACGGUCUCUUCGCAGAUGCUGACGGUGCUAGUAAGUUCAGUGAUGUGGCUAAGUUAAUAGAGGCCAUAAAAACUUGUGAAACUUCCGGCACAAAUGGAAAAACAGUGAAGCCUGUUGUAGCCAUUGGUUCCAGGGCACAUAUGGUUAACACAGAGGCUGUUAUUAAAAGAUCGAUGAUUAGAAAUUGUUUGAUGUAUGGUUUCCACACUCUGGUAUUCAUAUUUGGUAUUAGGUCUAUUAAAGAUACACAAUGUGGGUUCAAACUGUUUAAUAGGCCUGCCAUAUUAAAAAUUUUCCCAUAUUUGCAUACCGAGGGUUGGAUCUUUGACGUUGAAAUUUUAAUUCUGGCCAUCAGGAAAAGAAUCCAAAUUGAAGAGAUACCAAUUUCUUGGCAUGAAGUUGAUGGCUCUAAAAUGGCUUUGGCUGUCGAUAGCAUCAAAAUGGCGAAAGAUCUAGUCGUAAUAAGAAUGGCCUAUUUAUUAGGGAUAUAUAACGAUAACAAGAAAUGUUAG